UAUUUUUUAGUAUUUAUAAAGAAUUCUGUCAACUCACAUAAUCAACCCAAAUGAACAAUGAAUCGAAAUAAAUUAUGGUAAAACCAACGGCAGAAUUUAACUGCGCAUGCGCGGUGGCGGCUAAAUUCAAAACUCCAGCCGACGUUAACUUCUCGUUGACGUUUGAUCGAACACGGUUUAUUUUUUACGUUUUAAAUCUUUAUACUUUGAAGUUAUGGUUACAUUUAUUUGUUAACGCUUAAAAAUCUUUUCCAAUUCACAAGUCACCACUAAGAGAUGGAGCUCCUGGACUCUGGCAAGAAUGAUGAAAACAGCGGAUACUUCUCCAGGAGACGCAUUUCUUCUAUCCUUAAAGACCCAUGGAAAUCAACAAGAUUCUCAGAUCCAGAGCAACAGGAAAAUGAGGUUGAGUGUGCCAAACCGGUAGGAAAAAGAAAUUCCAGAAGGGUUAGCUUUGCACCAGCCAAUGAUGUCCUUCUUUAUUCCAAGGAUGCGAAACAUGCCUCCCCUGUUCGCGGUCCAUUCCAAGAGUUAAUGUCUACAGCGAUACCAGCACAAAAUGGUGUCCAGGGGUCCGUUGGUGAAGAGGGGAUCGUUCAACAAAUAAUGGGAAUGGAACCGCUGAUAACCGCACCUCUUCAUGCCUAUGAUGUAAAAGGAAAUGCCAACUUUGAACUUGGGGAAGGCUUUGGAGAGAAAACCGUGAUGUAUAAUGAGGAUGAUGACUUCAUGGAAAUGACCCAGAGUCACACUAUCAACAUCGUUGAUACUGACGACUAUCAUGUAGACGGCGCACAGAAAAAUAGACCCACCUUGCUUUCUUGUGGAAAGAAGAGUACAAUGUCCUCAGCAAAUGGCAAAUCCAUGGACAUGAGCCUCAGCCACAACACAAGCAUCGCAAGAGAGUUAGAAAUGCCAUGCGCUGGCCAAAUCACUGAUUUUAGCGUUAUGUCAUCAGUGCUCAGCUCAGAUCCUUCUUUCAACAACUUGCUCCGUUCAAAGUCACAUGGAUCAAAUGUGAGACAACACGAAACCAUAUUCGAAACUAAAAUGUCCCUGAUUAAAACCCAGAAGGUAGAUGUGGACAAGGAAAAUCAAGCUCCAAUUUUGGUUCAUUCUGAAACGGGGAAAUCACCCCAUAACGGCAAGAAUAUUGGACUCUCUCACGAUGACGAUGGCAAGAUGAAUGUGACAGUUACUCACACGAACCACGUUGCAGGAUUGAAUGAUGACCCAGAUGAUCCUUUUCAGUGUCUUUUUCCCCAACAAGAAAUGUAUUCCCAAUGUGAUACUGCAUCACAAGCAAGACACACCAGAAUAACAAUGGGAUCAUCCAAUCCAAAAGCAGCAGCGUUUGGAAACAGGUUGGAGAAGGAAAAUGCUGGAGAAGCGACCCUUCAGAUAGCUGAUAAAAACUCUUUAAAGUACCAUUCUUUCCAUGCACUUCAAGAGCAACGGGACAAUUCUAAAGAAAAAUCCACAGAGAAAGCAACCGGUUUCAUUGCAGAUGACACCUGUCUGGACAUGGCGCAGAGUUGUACUGCUAAAAUCACAGGAGCGCUGCCCCCUCCUCCAGCUCCAAAUUUCAACCAUUUUCUUUGUGAAGGAAAAACUGCCCUUUUAGCGCCAUCAAUGGAAAAGAAACACAGAGCGACUAUUGGCCACCCUCUUUCAUCUAGAAUAAGUUUGGACCCCAAAUUUGAAAAAUUCCUUGCAAACAUCUUUAAAACAGAUGGCCCCAGAGUCAAUCCUGGACAUGCCAGAAUGACUCGGGUUAACCCUCUGGUUAGGGCAAAUGAGCAACCUUUCAACGGAGAUCCAAUGCAUUCCAAAGAGGACCUGAGCAUGAAUAUGACAGAAUUUCAAAGAGACAUUGUUACACGGAUUGAUAAGCCUCUCCAAUGUCUCCUACCUACACAAUUAAUACACCCUAAAGGACAACAAGCCACAUUUCAUCAGCUGUUCUCUGAUGAACAGAGGUCAUCUUAUAAUACAGGAAAGGGAAUUGGGACAUCCGACAAUUCCAACUUGGAUGUGACUCAAAGUGGCUCUGUCAAUACUCCUCGUAUUUUCACAAUGCAGUCACGCAAAAUUCUGGACAGUUUGCCUAGCAGUGAUGAGAGAACCGUCAGGUUCACAGCAAAUGACGCCGCAAUGGAUAUGACCCAAAGUCUUACCGUAAACAUUGACCUGCCUUUUGAACCAAGCGCACACAAAAGUGUCCCCUUUAUAAAUGCUGGAGGAGAGAAUACCAUCAGGUUUUCAGCAAAUGACGCAGCCAUGGAUAUGACGCAAAGUCUGACUGCGAUGAUCGAUACUCCCUUUGAAGGAGGAGCACCUAAAAGUGUCCCCUUUGUGCACGCUGGAGGAGAGAAUACCAUCAGGUUUUCAGAAAAUGACGCAGCCAUGGAUAUGACGCAAAACCUCACAACAGUAAUUGACACUCAGUCCGAAGCGGGGGCGCACAAAGAAGUCCACUCUGUACCUAUUGGGGGAGAAAAAACCAUCAGGUUUUCCGCAAAUGACGCAGCCAUGGAUAUGACGCAAAGCCUCACUGCAAUGAUCGACACUCCCUUUGAAGCAGGAGCAAACAAAAGUGUCCCCUUUGUGCAUGCUGGAGGAGAGAAUACCAUGAGGUUUUCAGCAAAUGACGCAGCCAUGGACAUGACGCAAAGCCUCACUGCAAUGAUCGAUACUCCCUUGGACCCAGAAGCACACAAAAAUCACUCUGUAGCUACUGGAGGAGAAAAAAACAUCAGUUUUUCAGCAAGUGACGCGGCGAUGGAUGUGACGCAAAGAAAAAGAUCUUUAUCAGUACUCAGUUUCAAUCCAGGACAAAAUACCUUUUGCAAUACAGGUUUCCCUUGGCCUCACCGCGUGGUCACCAAAGUAGAUCCUCCGGCAGAACCGUCCUUCGGAAAAGCUGUUGACACAAACUGCUUCAUGCCAGCCCAACUUAAAACAUUGUAUGUGGAUGAUAAAUGCAAAGUCCCAGGAGUUACUACUCUCCAUGACAGCCUUUUAAGUACACAAAAGAACGCGGACGGCACUUUACCUGGAGUAGAUGUAAGUAUCAACCCGACAGAUGUUCAAACAGACUCAUCAACACAACGCCCAUAUGCUGAUGUUGGAGGCACCCAAGCGAUGACUUCACAGCAGACCUUUCGAAAGCUUGGUCGAGAUGUAGAGGAAAGUCCAGAUGCUGUCAACUCCGAAGAAACCCAAAGUCGCAAAGAAGCCGAAUCAAUGAAUGAAACCAGUUCUUUGUCGCAGAAGUUAAAUUCACCCGGUGCAGGCGACGACGGCAGAGAUUCAAGUCAGUCUGCACGAUUCCGCAUUGCUGAUCUCCAGUUAAAAGUGAGGCGCUUGAGUCAGAUGGUAAGUGCGACCUCCGAGACUAAUUUGGAGGCUGGCACUGACAAAAACACAAAAGAAGAGCACAAAGAGUCUGAAUUUGUGCCGGACGUUCAACCGGGCUUAAGAGACACAGAGGAUGAGGAUACGCGAUAUGGUCUGCAAGGCUACACCGCUGUGGGAACGCCUUUCAAGCUGAAGACUCCAGAGCUGAUGUCGAGACUGUCCACGAGAGGCUUUAAGCCAAAACUGCCACAAAGAAGCAGAGCUGACGAACCAAAGAAGGCGGCAGACUCCGCCUCUGGCAUUUCUCAGGAAAAAUCAGCAGGGAGGACGGCGACCGACGUGACCAGUACACUCAACAAAUGGAAUGAUGACGACGUCAGUGACAUUCAUGAUGAAGAGCUUGGUAGCUGCGAAGAUUUCUCCGACACAUUGGACAACAAAAUCUCGGAAAACGCAAUCCCUUUUGAAGACUUCAACGUCGAUGAAACCUCACCGGACAAUGUUUUUCAAGAAAAUAGCCCAAACGGCGCCCAAGGGAUAAAGAGACGCUUGCCAUCCGACGAAAACCAGACGGGGGCCGAAAAGAAAAUGAAGGCAUCCAGUGUGAUGUUACCAGAGGCUGUUGCAACCGAAAUACCCGCUCAUGUUCCGGAAUACGAUCGUGUGAACACCACCACAGUUCCAUCAUCAAACCAGACGAUGGAUUCCUCCAACAGCAGCCGAAGUGAUGCUACAUUCAAUUCCACUUUUAAACACAGCAUGUUGGAAUCCCACCUUGAAGACAGGGAUGUGCAGAAAUUAAAUGAUGGCAGCAUCACGGCGCGAGAGUUCUUUAAACUCUUCAACAUAGACUUUGUGAUCCAUAAACCCCGGCAAAGCGUCCUUCCCAGCAGAGUUGGACGUGGCACCGGUUGCUCAGCAAUAGAUGUAUUAAAAAACAGACAUAUAAAUCAUCCUAAACUAAUUGUCUAUGAAGCCGAUUUCGAGAUUGUCUCUCAGAAGAUGGAAGGAUUGAAUUGCAGAAUAUUGGAUUUAAACAAACCACUCAAGGUGAUCAAUCAAGAUUUGUGGGCAGAUGUGAAAAAAUCUUCAGAAAAGGAGAUCAGAUCUUUGGGCGUGAAGCUAAAAGAAAGAAACAAUUUCUUCAGAAAGAUGAGCAAAGUCCGCGCACAUGAAAUGAAGUCCGUCCUGUACUCGUCUCUUGUACAGACUCUUGCGGACGAGCAACAGAAAUUCAAAAGUGCAGUUGAAUCUAAUGAGAUGAUCCAAAUUCUGGACGAUUGUAUUGGUGAUUUGGAAGCAGAGCUAGCAGCAGUCGAGGAAAAAGGAACUGAAAACAUGCCAAGUCUGAAGUCACUCCAGGAAGAAAUUAAGAAAGUCAACGAGGCUUUAGACGACAAAAACCGACAAUUGCAUGAACUGGAGGUGCAAAAGAAGCAAGCUCCAGGGAAAUUGAGGAGUCUGAAAGCUGAGACAAGAAACCUUGAGAGCUUCAUCGGCACACUUCAUACGCUGACUGAAUGGAGGUUUCGAGAGAAGACGGAAAACUACACCGUGUACACUUUCCUCAACGACACAUUGCAUUUGCAGCUGGUGCACGCAGGAAACGGCACUGAAAAGGAACCGGAGUGUAAAACUGCACAAGUGAAUUUCCAAUUUCUUCUUCAUGAUGAGAAUUCAGAAAACCACGCGUGCUUGGUUCACAAACUGCUCUCUCAGCACAUCAAGGGUGAAACGGCCUGGGUUGAGAGAUACCCAACGAGUAGCUACAUUCCAAAGUUGCUCCAUGAUGUGUCCUCGGUGGUGAGUACCUGCCGCCUCUUGGGGGAGGAGUUACGAAUGCUGAAAAUGUGGGGAGGUUUACGGCUGAAUAUCGUGGAUAUUUGCUGUGAGGACACUCGAGUAAAUCUUGUCUUCAGCAGUCUGAGGAAGCGUUGCAAGUUUGAGGUCACCUUGUCAGUCACCUUAGCCAACCACCUGUAUGUUCUUCAAGUGCAUGGCUUCAACAACGUCAUCGGAGACACAACGGCCAAGCAGAUUGAGCGGAUUGUGGAAUCAUUCACUCCAGCCAAGAAGCUCUUGACAAAAAUUGUCAAAAAGAUUCAUUGUGAUGUACUUGUUUGAAAUAUGUACAGCGUGCACUUGUAACCUAGUUUUGUACCUGUAUUGAGGUUGGUGAUUUAAUAAGAAUGUGUGGAAUUCUGUAAUUACUGCACUCAGUAUGUUUUUAUCAUGUAACUUUUUUUUGUUAAAGACCCUUUUUGCAGGUAAUAAAUAUAUUUCAUGAAACAA